AAGGAGGGAGCGUUUGGAGGUGGGCUUGGCUUGGCGUGCACUCCGCACCUCGGGAACGUUAUUGCGCGUGGAACGUCUGCUUUUGGCAGACUAUUGCCCAGAAGAAAAGAUGUUUGGUUUUCACAAGCCAAAGAUGUACCGAAGUAUAGAGGGCUGCUGUAUUUGCAGAGCUAAAUCCUCCAGUUCUCGAUUCACUGACAGUAAACGCUAUGAAAAGGACUUCCAGAGCUGUUUUGGGUUACAUGAGACUCGUUCAGGAGACAUCUGUAAUGCCUGUGUCCUGCUUGUGAAAAGAUGGAAGAAAUUGCCAGCAGGAUCAAAAAAAAACUGGAAUCAUGUGGUAGAUGCAAGGGCAGGACCCAGUCUAAAGACUACACUGAAACCAAAGAAAGUGAAAACUCUAUCUGGAAACAGGAUAAAAAGCAACCAGAUCAGUAAACUGCAGAAGGAAUUUAAACGUCACAAUUCUGAUGCUCACAGUACCACCUCAAGUGCCUCUCCAGCUCAAUCUCCUUGUUAUAGUAACCAGUCAGAUGAUGGCUCAGAUACAGAGAUGGCUUCUGGCUCUAACAGAACGCCAGUGUUUUCCUUUUUAGAUCUCACAUACUGGAAAAGACAGAAAAUAUGCUGUGGCAUUAUCUAUAAAGGCCGUUUUGGGGAAGUCCUCAUUGACACACAUCUAUUCAAGCCUUGCUGCAGCAAUAAGAAAGCAGCUGCUGAGAAGCCGGAGGAGCAGGGGCCAGAGCCUCUGCCCAUCUCCACUCAGGAGUGGUGACUGAGGUUUAUGUAGAAGGGGAACAAAAAAUGAUUUAAAUUUUGGAAAACACCAACAAAAUGACCUUCCUAUUUUUAACUUGGAUAUCUGUUAUUCUGCCAAAAGAUGAUUUCUAGAAUAGUUUUGAGUGGGUUAUUUUCCCUCCAGUUCCACGAAGUCUGAAGCCAGUAUCUAGCUUACUAAAAGAAAAAGAAGUGUACAUAAUAUUUAAGAUGCUGAGUAUUUCAUAGGAAAGCUGAAUGCUGCUGUAAAGUGCUCUUUAAGGCUUUUUAAAAAAAUCCCCUUCUAAUGAAUGAAAUUAGGGGAAUUUCAGGGGACAGAGAUGGGAUUUGUUGUAUGAUAAACGUAUGUAGUUUUAGUCUUUCUAUAUUGAGAAGCAGUGGUUGGGGCAUUUUUUAAGAUGGCUGGCUACACUUGUUUUCCUUCGUUAUAAUAAAUUUGUCAUAACUCAGUAAACACAGACUUGCCCCUAGAGGUAGCUGUUAAUAACUUUGAAAUAUUAAGGUGUUGCCAAGGUUCUGAUGAUUCAAACCUGUACUACUGAAUAUUAAGCAGGACGGACUAAGCUCUCUAGUGCGAAUAUCUUGAAGGAGUAAUUUCUAAAUAUACAGAGGUAACUUGACUGUAUAUGUUGCAUCCUGUGUCACCUCCCUCCAUAUUGAUAUUUGAUAAAGUUUUUAAUUUAUAUGAAACUUCUAAAGCAGAAUCAAAGUUCCUCUUGGGGAAAUGUCAAAUCUUUAGGAUAGGCAAUCCUAUAUGAAUAGUACCAAAGCAUUACCCCUUGGUAGAGAAUGCACUCUAUUAAAAAUGUUAAAUUAUCUGAAAAAUAAAGUGUGCAAGUCUUCAGGAUGGCACAUGAAAAACACAAAGGUUAAUGCUUCUUGGGGCACAUUUCUUAGAGGGCUUGCAAGUGUGUAAAUAAUUUGUUUAUGUUACAUGACUGGUGACUUCAUUGAAAAUCUGCACAAUUCAGUUUUAGCUCUGGAUUACUUCGGUUGACCUUUGUGAAGGUUUUAUCUGUGUAGAAUGGUUGUUUGACUUGUUUUAACCUAUUAGGGUUUUGGGUUUUGGGUUUUUGUUUUUUAUUUUUCAUU